CCCAGGUACAUUACCAGGUCUUUCAGCAGGAUGCCGUUCUCCCGGUACGUUGAGAUCGGGCGUGUGGCUCUGAUCAACUACGGCGAGGAGUAUGGAAAGCUCGUGGUCAUCUCUGAUGUUGUAGACCAGAACAGGGCACUGGUUGACAGGCCAGAUGAGGUGCGUCGCAUCAUUAACUUCAAGAGGCUGGUGCUCACGGACUUCAAGAUUGAGAUCCCGAGGCUAGCCAAGAAGAAGGUGUUGUCAGCAGCUCUGGAGGAGUCAGAUGUAUUCUCCAAGUUCGAGAACAGCACAUGGGGAAAGAAGCUGGCCAAGCGGGCACUGAAGACGACACAGACAGACUUUGAGAGGUAUCAGGCGGCUGUUGCACGGAAGAAGAACUCUGCAGCUGUCAAGAAGGUGUUCAACAAGCUCAAGAGCGCUUCAGAAUGAGCACUGUCAGCUGCCCAUCUAGUCUGCGGCUCACCUACAGCAGUGGAACUGACUAUCAUUGCGGCAGCCUGGAGUGUGCACAUGAUCUCUUGCGCCUGACAGGGAUCUCUAUGUUGACAUCUUGGGUGUGAGCGCUGCGCCCGCAGUGACAACGUCUGCUGCUUGUGUGGCAGAAAAGUGUAUCUACUGGCAUGGGGGCGUUGAGUCGCCACCUAAUCUGGACCCAGCAGCAUGUUCUACUGGCUGCUGAGGGCUACUCUUGUAAGAUUGACUGCUGAAGUCAAUGGCCCAGCCUGUCAGUAAUUACGGAGCACGCUGGCGUCGAAUAGGCUUGCUCCCAAAUGCCAGGCUUAAACCUGCUUAUCAAUGCACAAAGCUGAUAUCCAAUAGUUCUCCCGAUAAAAAUGGUCCCUGAUGCAGCUUGGAGGCCUCAUUGUCAGCUAAGUUCACAGUGAAACUCUUUAUCCGCAGAGUUACCCAGUGAUUAUGCUGACUGCUCUUCUUUAUAACAUGCUGACAAAGU